CCUAGGCCAGUUGAAAGGACAUAGCCUAAGUGCUGAGGCUUUUAUCAGACUCACAACUGCCCUCAACCGACACAAAGAAUGUAACUGCACCGUUACCCAUCAGCAAGGGACUUCUGGGUUGCUGGCGGAAUGUUUAAGGCGGGCACUUCAGCGACCCAGGUGUUUUAGGACAACGUCCGCGGUUCGGCUGCCCCGUUAUCACCAUAGCCUACUAUAACAACACAUCAGCCUUAACUGGUGUCUAGCCUGCUUUACCUUCGAUGGUCAGUCGUCGGCGCUUGCAUGCCCUACAGCUUCACUGAAGUUAGUUGGGAUAGUUUUCCAAAAGUUCGGAUUUACAAUGAAAGCCAAGACUGGGGUCAUCCUAGUCUUGUUCGCUGCUUUCGUUAAUGUUGCAGCACAGGAUGCUGAAGCCGGGCAAAAUGUUGUGGAAGAGUUAUUUGUGGAAACCUUGGUGAGUUCAGUCUAUUUUCUCUCCAAAGCAGCGAUAGGAAAGUGGCGAAUCUUGCACGAGCCGAAUGCAAUGCAUUGCAACAUUCAGACCAAAUUGAAACAAUGAAGGCCUAUCAGCUUUUCAUUGUUAACGUUGUAAAUGUAUCGCUUAUUUUAUGUAAUAAAACGAUGCAUUUAUUUAUUUGGAAUGCAAAUAUCUUACACUUGAUUUUAUUUUUUCAAUUUUCUCCCCCUUCAUAAGGUGAAACCCGAAACUUGCUCUAUAAUGUCAGAAACGGGAGACACGCUAGAAAUCCACUAUACGGUAAGAAAAAAAAAGUGUAAAUGAAUGGCCUAACUAACAUUUUCAAUUUCAAAGGUAGGCUAGGCACCGCCCUGUUUGACAUCAGACCUAGCCUACAUGCUUACUGAGAUAAAUGUCGAUAAUAUUUUGGGGAUUUUUAAAAAUGAAAUCUGAUCAAAAGUGUUCUCUGCAAUUGAAGUGGUGCUGAUUCAUUGCACGUCAAUAAACUUGACUCGAUACGAUGUUGCCUAUGUGGCAAGGUGUGAAGCGGCAAGUUAGUAAUUUCACUUCAGACUGGGAAAUUCGUGUGCCAAUCAAAUAGUCAAAUAAAAACAACUUUCAAUUACACUUAGUUUGUAAUCAUAUCUGGGAUGGCAAGUAAAUUGCAUGUGAUAUUGACACGUUUUAUGCGUGCCAGACAUUCUACUCGGCAGUGUGAUGGGGGAGGUGCAACACGUCAGCACUCUUGCUCAGUACCAGAUUUCUAGAACAUAUGUGGUUAGCUGAUUCGUAAAAUACCUAACCAGGCGUUGUAAGAUCUGUCACGCCUCAGCAACGUCUGAGCAGGGGAACACGACCACAUCAAAGGACGAGGCGAAACGAGGGAUAACUGGGCACAAAAUCUGUCUUCUCCAAUAGGUGGCGUUUUUUCUAAUCUUAACCACACUGCUAACCUUAUGCCUAAUCAUAACCUUACAUUAAAACAAAAGCACAUUUUUGUUUUCCAGAUUUUUUACGAUAUAGCCCAUUUUUGACUUUGUGGCGGUUAACGAGUGAAAACCGUUGUGCCUGUUGUUCACACGCUUCUGCCCUCACAUUGGCUAGAAUGCUACCUCCCACCUGUUUUGCCUCGUCCCCGACUGCCUUCCAUUUGUGAAAAGACUGUAAUUAUUUUCAGUGUUAAAGCGUCCACUAGAGUAUCUGGUCAAUAUAAUGUAUAAUCUGUGACCAAACUCUUCACCUAUGACGCGUCAUGCUUGACCAUGGCCUCACCUAACGUCCCACUGGGCAACGUCUAUUCGACAUUGGUUCAACGUGAUUUCAUUGAAACGACGUGGUCGUUCAUUCAACCAGCGUGUGCCCAGUGCAGCCACACCUAUAAAGAAAGUUUUAAAAGUCUGUCAAGUGUUUCACAUUUUAAUGUGACUUGAAGGGGAUAUGCAUCUUAACCUUCUAUUUAGAUUAGAAUCACUGCUUGCAUGCAAAAUCCCUCUUUUAAAAUGCACCUACCAUAUUGUUCCAAUGCUCUGAACAGGGUAAAUUGCUGGCGGAUGGCAAGGUGAUUGACUCAUCCCUGUCCCGGGACCCCCUUGUUGUUGUGCUGGGAAAGAGGACCGUUAUCCCUGGUAAAAUCACAACCAUUCAAAUAGACCGUAUUAGACAUGAUAUUGAUCACACAAAAUAACAGGAACACUAGCUUAUGUUAAAAACAGCAAUAUACCUUCAAAUAUAGCUCACACCUGCAGUGCAGUGUUUUUGUUAUCGCAUCAUUCACUGUAUAUAGAUAACGUGAUAAUGUAUCUCCAACAGGUCUGGAACAGAGCUUGGUAGGAGUUUGUGAAGGGUAAGUAAACAGUCAAGGUCUGCCAAUACAACAUUUUAAAGUGGACAUGUAGCCUACAUUAAUUUAAAACCACUUCCACUAGGAAUUCAAUAUAUGACUUGGCUAAGCAAGGACAAUUAGUUUCAAAUAUAGAUAUUACCAGUAUGUGAAGCAAUCACAAAGAUCCUGACUCAAAUGACUUUGGUAAACAGGAAACUCUAUGAGAAUAACCUCUGUCUGUCUUAUGGUCCUCUAGACAAAAAAUCAAGACCACUAUUCCACCACACCUUGCCUAUGGAAAGAGAGGAUACCCUCCCACCAUCCCAGGUACUUAAACACAUCUGCAUAUACACACAUACUGUACACACAAUAAUACAAGCAAACACAUACGGCAAAUAAAUAUCUCACCUUGAUAACACUUGACUAGCCGGUCCAGCACCUUCUCAAAGGUCUGGCUGAGCACAGCAACACACACACGACUCAGUACUUGAUCCUCCCUCGAUCUUCUUCCCUCUGUCCUGUUAGCUGAUGCUGCUCUAGAGUUUGAGGUGGAGGUGAUGUCACUGAUCCAGGCAACCCCAUGGCAGAAGAUUGUGAAUGAUGUCUUUCCCCUAGUGUGUCUGGGCCUGGUUCCCACUCUGCUGGGCAUGGUGGGCCUCUACCUCUAUAACAAGGCCAACGCCCAGCGGCCAGGCAAGAAGAAGGCCAAGGACAAGAAGAGCAAGAAGAAAUAAAGGAAACUCACAGAACUAUUUAAAUAAUAAAAUGUAAAAACAAUAAGGGAGAGUUGUUAUUAUCGGAUGGAAUAUUCCUCUUUUUUAUUUGAUAGUUAUUGUAAGACACCUGGUAGAAAGAAGUACACAAAAAUAGAAUAAGGAAUUGAGUUCUGCCAGAAGGAGUGCAUUCUGGCAGUUUGAAGUUAUAGUUACUCCUAGUCAGUGUACAACUUGAACACC